AUGUACAUCGGCGGGCCUGCGCCGCAUGGCGCUAUGCCAGUCUUCACGAGUGACGACGUCAUACAAUUAUGGCAACAUGCACAAAGGGAGUUGGAGGCCUUAGGCGCCAAGAUUGUCGUUGUUCCCGACUUCCCCGCUGUCACGGGAUAUGAGAACCCGUCUUCGCUUCCAGAGGGGUCCGCACGCCUGCCAGAUGACUGGAACUGGUAUGAGAGGGGUCCCAUGGUCGCUCAUGGAUGGGAGAGCUUCCUGCGCGAUAAUGCAGACCCCAAACUUACCAGCCUGUCUUGUGUCGACGAAUUCAACAUCUUCCCGCAUUCCAUGCAAACGCCAGUCGAGCUGAAGCAUGUUCUAGCGUCAAAUUCGAUUCAUUGGGGCAAGCUUUCAGCUAUACCUGUGAGACGGCCAUGUUUGAGACUAAAUCUAGAGACCGCUGUCAAUGCACUCAAGGCCAUGCGCAAACAACUUGUGGAUGAUCAUCUUGAUAAGUACAAGUGCGACUUCUUCGUCUUCCCAUGUCAGGGCGAUGUGGCGGCCACAGACUCGGACAUCGACCCAGACGCGGCCGCUCAUGUAUGGAAGAAUGGGAUUUGGUACAGCCAUGGAAACAGAGCCUUUCGUCACCUGGGGAUCCCGUCAGUGACGGUGCCGAUGGGCAUCAUGAUCAAUAAACAGAUGCCUGUCGGUCUGACUUUUGCAGGCCGGGCAUACGACGACGCGGAUCUCCUCAGAUGGGCCAAUGCCUUCGAGAAGCGUACUAGGCUGCGCAUUGAGCCUCCUCACACAACAGCUCUGGACUCGGAUGUGAUCCAGCUGAAGGGCGCACCUGCAGCUCUGAGCAGACAAGCGAGACCGCGUCUCAAUGGAACGCUGGAGGUUGUUGAAGAUGUUCUGGGCGCAGUCAGUCCCGUCGUAGAAGUAACGGUCAAUGGCGAAGAUAUCCCAUCAGAACAGAUCCACAUCGCCAGCCACUCUAAUAUGGCCAGUUUUGAGGUGACGGCUUCCAUAUCUCGACCGACGGCAAGAGAGGCGCGAGAACAGACAAUGGAGCCGGUGGCGAGGGAUAAGACCAUGGUGGUUGUUCUGGCCAGAGCCGCCGUUGGUGGCAGGCCAUCUGGGUUUCUGAGGCUUGUCUAG